AUGUUGCAGCAGAAUUCCCGUCGAAUCACCCUAUGUAAGCAAGUGCUGUUGGAAGCGACGACCAAGUACAAUUCCGCACCUCGGGUGGACAUGAAAGAUGCAGCAUGCAGGAACAGCGGGGCCCUGGGACCGCUACUUAGCCUUUUAGCAGCUGAGAACCAUGCGAACAGUAUGGUGCGCUGCUUGGACACACUUAGCUUUCUCCUGCUGGACCGCACAAACCGGCGGGCCUGCCACGAGCUGGGUGGGCUGGACGUGCUGCUGGAUGUCUUGCACCGGGCCACGGACCAGCAAGUUCUGCUUAGCGGACUGGAGACACUAUGUUGUCUAUGCAAACACGAUCCCAAGGACAAGAUGGCGCUCUGGCAGCACAAGAAGAAGGGCGUUCUGCUGUCCAUGCUCAAUAGCCGUCAUGGCAGCACCAUCGUCGUGGAGGCCCUGCACGCGUGUCGCAUCCUCUGCUUUGCAAUCCUCAGCAAUAAUCACAACACCCACAGCUACAGCGCCGCGGCGCCUCCGUCCUCGCGCAGCGCUCUCGCAGUGAUGCAGUCCGGCAGUCAGCAUCACAGCACCUGCAGCGGCACGCAGCAGCACCGGCCAUCGAUGCAGCCCGGCGGCGGCGGCGAUGCAGCCUCUGCUGCCGCUAUCGUAACCGCUUCCCGGCUCACCACCACCGUCCGCCCUGACCACAUCCCUCACGCAAACCUCCAGGGGACGCACCCCGGCUGCCUCCAGCUUCUAGAACCCGGACUCCUUACCGUGGCUUCCGGUCUCCUACACCCCGCGGCGGAUACGGCGAUUCUAUUGAAGGUGCUCAAAUUGCUGAAUGCCGCCUCUGGGGUGGCCGUAGCAGCCGCAGCCGCUGCUGGCGCUGGCGCCGGCGGCGGCGCCGGCGGUGUAAGCUCCUCCCCAGCUGGCGGCGCUGCUGGUCUUUCCGGGGGCGGCGGCGGCAGCAGCAGCAGCGGCGGGGGGUGUUGUGGCUCCUGGCGCAACCCUGUGUUCCAGCUAGCGCCGCUGCUGACGCAUUGCUCCGAUUUGGAGGUGGUGGAGAGCGCUCUGGCCGUGUUGGUGAACCUGUCGGAGCACUCCGCGUUCCACUGGCUGCUGGACGCAUCAGGCUGCAUUCCGCCUUUGUUGCAUCUGAUGAGCCACAAGCGCUGCGGCAUCAGUCGGUCCGCGAGCUGCGUCCUAAGCGUGUUGGCGGAGGGCGGGGUAUCCCGCGUCAAGCUGUGUCAGGACACGGCGCUGCUGGCGAUGCUGCGAGUGCUGCAAACCAAUCACUGCAGCCUCGUGACCAUCGGAGUGCUGUACAUGCUUGUACGGCUGGGCUCGUUUCGGAGCUCUGUGGCUCGCAGCCUCAGGAGCUGGGGAGCCGUUCCGCUGCUCAACCACCUGCUAGCCACCACCCGGGACGAAGACGCGGCCGACGGCUGUCAGCAGCUGCUACGAGUGCUUGGUGUGCAGCAGCCGCCACCACAGCCGCCACCGCAGCAGCCGCAGCUGCCAUUGCCGCAACCGGCCCUGGCCCCCAUUGCAACCAUUGGAGUUACAAAGAAGACCAAUUUGCCCAACGCGCAAAGCAGCAUCUCAGUCUUUAGCGGCUGUGGCAGCGAUGGCGGCGGCGGUUCGCCGGACUCUGUGAUGGUGGGUCCAAUGGGUCUCAUUACCGGGCGGACAGGGGCGGCAGUGCCUGGCGGAGCAAUUGUACGGACAAUUUCCGCCGCUGAGACGAUGACGACGACGGAGUCGGCAGCGGCGGCGGCAGCGGCGGCGGCAGCGGCGGCGGCAGCGGAGGCGGCAGCGGCGGCGGCGCUUCCAGGUGUGUUUGGGCUGGCGGCGGCCGCUUCGGCUUCCGGCAUUGCGGCGGUGAUGGGCGGCCGCCGCGGCAGCGGCAGUGCCGCGACGGUCGCGGCGGCUGCUACACCAAUACGCGGCGGCGGCAGCGGCAGCGCCGGCGGUACCAUUGAGAGUUCUGUGUCAAGCUGUGAUGCGGGAGCAGCGGCGGCUGUAGCGGCGACGACGGCAGCGGUGCGGUCUCGGCAGCUGCAUAACAGUUUUCGGUUGUAUUACCCGGGUCUAGCCGCCGCCGGCGGCGGCGGCGGUGUGGCGCCGGCCACCUGCGGCGCCCUGCUUGGCACCGUUUCUGCGGCGGCUGCGGCAGCGUACUGA